CCAUGGAAACCCCACAACUUUCCCACGCCCCAAACACAAACCACCACUCAUCCGUCGAUACCUCCCGCCCUUUCCGCUCUGUAAAAGAGGCGGUCGCCAUCUUCGGUGAGCGUCUCCUCGCCGGAGAGCUGCACUCCCCAAAGCCCUUCUAUUACAAGCACGAAUCCCCUCCAAGAACUCCACAAGCCAUCAUCAGAUACGACGACAGAGAAUUAAAAGAUAACGAAAAUGGAGAAAAGCAUGGGCUUGUGAGCACUGUGAAGAAGCUUGAGGCUGAGCUGGAGGAGACAAAGGUGGAGCUGAGGCUACUAAAGGAGAGAGAGUCCGAGACGGAGGUGGCCUUGGCGUCGCUGAACGCGGAGCUCCAUAAGAACAUGUCGAGGAUGGCGCAGGCGGAGGCGGCGGCCGCUGCAAAGGCGGUGGCGCUGAGGAGGAGGGAGGGGCCAUCACCAACAUUGGCUCAGAUACUGAGCCUAAGUGAGAGGCCAGGUAGAAGAAAUCAAAAGGAGAGGCAAAAGAAGAUGAAGAAGAAGCCUAUCAUUCCUCUAGUGAGUGACUUGUUUUCUUGGAAAAAAGGGCCAUCAACUACACUUCACAAUCCUCUAUAUCCAGCCUCCCAACUAUACCUUUGAAUAAAUUGAAGGCAUGCAUGAAGUAACUAUCAAUAUGUAUGUUUAGGAAUUUUUUUUUUUUUUCCUUUUUCAAAUUUUUAUCAUCAUUUUUAUUACUUGUUAAUUGAUGGGUGACGAUGAUUCAAGAAAAACUUUUAUAAAAUUAUUUUUUUUUAUAAUUAAUUUUUCAUCAUCAUCAUCUCCAUGUAUAACAAGUCGAUAAAAAAGAUGAUAAAAAUAGGAUUGCUCGUGUUUUAACAUUAUGUAUGAUAAUUUUUAUUUUUAUUUUUUUAUGAUUGAAUUUCUCAUUAUGUGAUUGUAAAGAAGAUGAAAAAAAAAAUGAAGGUUGAUAUCACAUGAUGAGAAAUGGUUGUGCGUGUGUGGAUGGUUUUUUUUUUUUUUUCUUUUCUUUUGAGAGAUAAAAAUACAUGUAACUUUUGUGUACAAGUUUUACCUUGUGAACUUAUUUGUAAUUGUAAUUGUUUGAUGUACUUUUAUACGUAUGAUGAAGUUUUUCAAAAAUGUUU